GUGAGCUGUGAUUGGUCACAGCUUGUCACAUGGUACAAGGCUGUUGUGAAUAGCCUUGUACCAUGUGACCUCUGUGAUCAUUCACAGAUUUCACACGUAGUAAGCAAUGAUGUCACAAGUGACAUCUUGCUUACUACUUUGCAUUUGAUCACUGAUUGGCCAAUCAGUGAUCACAUGAUUGGGACCUCGUACAGAGGUCCCGUCCGACGAUCGGAAAUCAUGUCAAAUGGACUGUAGUGUGUUUCUGCAAAACGCUUAGGCUGGCCAUAAUACAUUAUACAAUUUUCUUGAGAAUUUUGCUUUAGAUUUACCAAAAACCAUAUAAUAGGAGGUCAAACCUAA